UGGGCCCCCGGCCGGCUCCCGGGCUCGGCCGCGCUGCGCCUUCCGCACGGGCCCGCGGCCCCCUCGGAGGUGCCGCCUCGUCACCCCAGCAUCCGAGCCCCAGAGCCGGGGCGCAKUAUGAGGCCCUCCCCUGUGGGCACGCGGGGCUCCUUGGAGUUACUUGUGUAGCGGCUCAAGUGGGAGCCGACCUCCGGCCAGGCUUAGGCCUUAGGGUGGCCCUUUCCGAGCCGCGGCGCUGCCUGCGAUCCCCGCUCCGCCGCCUGACCUGCGGCACCGUCCACUGCACUUCCUGGCCCCAGCAGGCCCCGAACCGCGAGGUGUGGUCCCGGGCGCCACCCACUACCACACCGCGACUUGAUUUCCACCUCCUUUCUCAUUUUUUGGCUGGCGGGAGACGUUUGUACACAAAGCUCGGAAGGCUGACAUUUGGCCUACACGCGCCCGCCCACUUUGUCGGUGAUGGGUCAUUUCUCAUUACCCAAGAAUUUCAGUGGAGUGCUGCUUGGUAGCCACUGAGCCAGUUGUAAAUCGGUCACCGAGCGAGUCUGGUGGACGCUUGUAUUGAUUUUAGGUGUUCGUCAAGUUCGCUCUUGGAUCAGUGGUGGCAGUCACGAAGGCAUCUGGAGGCUUACCACAGUUUGGUGAUGAGUAUGAUUUUUAUCGAAGUUUUCCUGGCUUCCAGGCAUUUUGUGAGACACAGGGAGACAGGUUGCUUCAAUGCAUGAGUAGGGUGAUGCAGUACCAUGGGUGUCGCAGCAACAUUAAGGAUCGGAGCAAGGUGACUGAGCUGGAGGACAAGUUUGAUUUAUUAGUGGACACCAAUGAUGUGAUUCUGGAGAGAGUGGGUAUUUUGCUGGAUGAAGCAUCAGGUGUGAAUAAGCAUCAACAACCUGUCCUCCCUGCAGGACUACAGGUCCCCAAAACAAUAGUGUCCAGCUGGAACCGGAAGGCAGGAGAAUAUGGCAGGAAAGCAAAAUCUGAAACUUUUCGACUACUUCAUGCAAAAAACAUUAUCCGACCUCAACUCAAGUUUCGAGAGAAGAUUGACAAUUCCAACACUCCGUUUCUCCCUAAGAUCUUCGUCAAGCCCAAUGCUCAGAAGCCGCUCCCUCCACCUCUUUCUAAAGAAAGGCGGGAACGCCCCCAGGACCGUCCUGAGGACUUGGAUGUACCCCCUGCCCUGGCGGAUUUCAUCCAUCAGCAGCGAACCCAGCAGGUUGAGCAGGACAUGUUUGCACAUCCUUAUCAAUAUGAACUAGAUCACUUCACACCCCCAGAGUCAGUGCUUCAGAAGCCACAACCCCAGUUGUACAGACCUGUAGAAGAAACACCCUGCCAUUUUGUAUCCUCCCUGGACAAACUUGUGGAACUCAACGAAAAACUCUUGAAUUGUCAAGAAUUUGCUGUAGACUUAGAGCACCACUCUUACAGGAGCUUCCUGGGACUCACCUGCCUGAUGCAGAUUUCCACCCGAACAGAAGACUUCAUCGUGGACACCCUGGAGCUUCGCAGUGACAUGUAUAUCCUCAACGAGAGCCUCACAGACCCAGCUAUCGUUAAGGUCUUCCAUGGUGCCGAUUCCGACAUUGAGUGGCUACAGAAAGACUUUGGGCUAUACGUAGUAAACAUGUUUGAUACCCACCAGGCAGCACGCCUUCUUAACCUGGGCAGGCACUCGCUCGAUCACCUGCUGAAACUCUACUGCAGCGUGGAAUCAAACAAGCAGUACCAGCUAGCUGACUGGAGGAUACGCCCUCUGCCUGAAGAAAUGCUCAGCUAUGCCCGGGACGACACCCAUUACUUGCUCUACAUCUACGACAGAAUGAGGGUAGAGCUGUGGGAGCGAGGUGGAGACCAGCCCGUCCAGUUGCAGGUGGUGUGGCAGCGGAGCAGRGACAUCUGCCUCAAGAAAUUUGUCAAACCUAUCUUCACUGAUGAGUCCUACCUUGAACUGUAUCGGAAGCAAAAGAAGCAUCUCAACUCGCAGCAGUUGACAGCUUUCCAGCUGCUUUUUGCCUGGAGGGAUAAAACAGCUCGAAGGGAGGAUGAAAGUUACGGAUACGUACUGCCGAACCACAUGAUGCUGAAGAUAGCCGAAGAACUGCCCAAGGAACCGCAGGGCAUCAUAGCUUGCUGCAACCCAGUACCGCCUCUUGUACGACAGCAGAUCAAUGAAAUGCAUCUUUUAAUCCAGCAGGCUCGAGAGAUGCCCCUGCUCAAGUCUGAAGCUGCAGCUGGAGUGAAGAAGAGCGGGCCGCUUCCCAGUGUCGAGAGGUUGGAGAAUGUUCUCUUUGGCCCUCAUGACUGUUCCCAUGCCACUCCAGAUGGCUACCCAGUCACCCCCACUGCCAGGUCUGUGCCAGCUCAGAAACAGUCGGACCUCUUCACUAACCAAAAAGAGGAGACCUUGCUGGAUACCAAAUGCCUUCUCGCCACAGCCGUCAUCACAUUGUUUAAUGAACCUACUGCUGAGGAAAAUGGAAAGAGUCCAUUAACAGUUGCACAGAAAAAAGCCCAGAACAUAAUGGAGUCCUUUGAAAACCCAUUUAGGAUGUUCCUGCCUUCACUAGAGCACCGGGGCCACAUCUCUCAGGCAGCAAAGCUUGAUCCUUCCUCGAAGAUCUAUGAAAUCAGCAACCGUUGGAAGCUGGCCAGCCAGGUUCAGGUACAAAAAGAACCUAAAGAAACUGCCAAGAAGAAGGCAGCUGAGCAAACAGCCGCCCGGGAACAGGCAAAGGAAGAGUACAAAGCCGCAGCGGAGCAGGCCACCUCUGUGCGCCAGCAGGCAGUGCUAGAGCAUGCUGCUAAGAAGAGAGAGCGAACAACAAGCGACCCGAGGACCCUGGAGCAGAAACAGGAGAAGAAACGACUCAAGACUUCCAAGAAGCCAAAGGACUCAGAUCCAUCAGAAAAAGAUUUUACCCCUUUUGACUACAGCCAGUCGGACUUCAAGGCUUUUGCUGGAGACAGCAAACCCAAACCUUCCUCCCAGUUUGACCCCAGUAAGCAAGCCGUGUCUGGCAAGAAGUGCUUUGCAGCCAAAAAACUGAAACAGUCAGUGGGAAACAAAAGCAUGUCCUUUCCAACUGGAAAAUCAGACAGAGGCUUUAGGUACAACUGGCCAAAGAGAUAGUGCUGGAAGAGACCCUUGGGACCCCAGGGACUGGAAGCACCAAAUGGUGGUGCUGCUUUUAUAUAAACGCAUUUUUAAACCAUUAAAACUAAUUCCUUCUGGAAGAAAGCUGGUUCCUGACUCUUCUUUUGCUGCCAUCGUAGCCCUGGCAGGAAGGACAGGCCCCGUCCCGUUCACGCCACCACCCUCAGCUGUCCAUGAGAGAGGAGAGUGUCCUGAAAGGUCACUGUGAUUUCUAGAGAAAGCCAGAACCCCCAAGGGAGUAACACAGGAGAACAGCCUGUGACUCAAAAGAGUGAGGUGUUGCUCGCCUUAGGAGGGUUCUGUGGGCCUCUGACCCCUGUCUGGGCUUUGGGAUAAUGUGGGUGAAGCUGUGGUACGCCGUUGCAAAGAGGGGCUGGAGUGCCCUGGAGCCAGUGUGGCUUCUGGAGAACUUGAUCUCUGUUC